AUAUAUAUUAAGUCUAUGACUAACACGUACACAGUAUUGUGCUAAUCAAUUCACACACGACCGGUUGGCACAUUCGACAUGGAAGGUACAAGAAACUGUAUUUUAUUUUUUUUAUCAACUGCGUUGUCUUUUUCCAGUGGACUCACUACUAGUACGCAAAGCAUAACCUGCGGUCCCAACGAGGUGGUGGACGAAUGUCCAACGAACUGUUCAGCAGAAUACUGUCCAACCAGCGAAGAUCGCUCACCCUGCCCCCAACCUGACAAGAACAGUUGUCCACCAGCGAAAUGCGUCUGCGGCUUCAACUACAGACGGGCUGAGAACGGCACUUGUAUUCCUACUACCAGCUGUCCGCCCUUCGAAUGUAGCAGGGAGAACGAAGAAUAUAACCCCUGCCCCUUCCUAUGUCCUACCGAUAGCUGCGCCGACGCACCCUUACACGGAGUAUGUCCUUACCCCGUCCUCAUCAGGCUACCUUGCAACCCUACCUGCCAGUGUAAAGAGGGAUUCUGCAGACAAGACGGUACCUGUAUACCUACCGUAUAAGGAAAAUGAUUCAGCCGGAAGAAGAUUUGGUUUUAAUUAAUAUAUUCUAAAUAUAAAUUAAUAAUUCUAAAUAGAA